AUGUGGAAGUACGAUGAGGAUCCGCUGGACUGCAGAGAGCGCUGCGGGGAGAAGACGUUCGCCAGCGGAGGCAGGAUUGAACUCCUGCAACCCUUCAGCGGAGAGGACAAACAUGUUACACCUGCUGGGCCAGACACGGAGAGUUUGGAUGUGUUUGCAGGAGACCUGAGCAAGUUAGUGCAAGAAGCCUUCGCAGGUUAUGGUGCUAUAGCUCAGGUUCCUGUCUGGGCUCGACCCGACUCUAGUUUAACGGGUCACUUCAGCGACGGCGGUGAUGACGAGGUGGAGGUCAGCUGCUCUCUGGAGAAGAACCAGUUCAUCCUGAGCAGAGGAGACGAAGGACGACGAGUCCAACUGAAGAGGCCCGCCUUCUGUCCCAUCAAACACCUGUCAGUCACGGAGGCCGCAGCGAUCCCAUUGGACGUCCAGCAGCGAGGAGUGGACGUGGGCGUGGCCAUCCUCCUGCAGUCAGCCAAUCAGAGAGUGCUGCUGACACGGCGGGCCAAGGAGCUCCGGAUAUUUCCAAACGUCUGGGUUCCUCCAGGCGGACAUGUUGAGUCAGAUGAGACGCUGCUGGAAGCUGGUCUGAGGGAGUUAAAGGAGGAAACUGGACUGAAACUGGAACCAGAUGAAGUUUCUCCAAAAAUACUGGGACUGUGGGAGUCAGUGUAUCCUGCCAUGCUGUCCAGAGGUCUUCCUCAGAGACAUCACAUCGUCGUCUACAUGCUGCUGCACUCGUCUCUCUCACACCUGCAGCUACAGGCGUCUCUGAGUCCGUCUCCUGCUGAGGUCAGCGGCUGUUUGUGGGCCGACCGCCGGCUGGUCGGAGCCGUGGUGGCGGCGGCGGACGGAGACGACGCCGAGGUUCAGCUGGACGACCUGCCGAACGACGUCAGCGUGUCGCAGGUCUCCUCAGACGGAGCUCUGAGCGACUCCUCGCUGCCGCUGGCCGUGUUUAUCAGCCGGGUGCCGACCAGCGGCCCGGACGUGGAGCGAGUCAGCACCGGGACAAAGUUCGCCCUGGAGCUGUGGCUGCGGAGCCUGGAGACCCCUGACCUCUGACCCCUGACAGCUCUGUCUCUGUUAACCUUCGUGUCGACCUCCCGGGUCAAAUAGACCCCGUCUGUUUUGACUGUUCCUUCUCUCCUCCAUUCCUUCCUUCCGUCUGUCCUUCCUUCCUCCGUCCUUCUUUCUUUCCUUCCCUCCUUCCUUCCUUACUUCCUUCCUUCCUUUCUUUCCUCCCUUCCUUCUUUCCUCCCUCCCUCCUUCUCUCUUUCUUUCCUCCCCCUACCUUCCCCCUUCCUUCCUCUUUUCCUUUGUCCCUCCCUCCCUCCUACCGUCCUUCCUUCCUCCUUUCCUUCCUUCUUCAUUCCUUCCUUCCUUCCUCCUUUCCUACCUUCCUCCUUUCCUUACUUCCUCCCUCCCUCCUUUCCUUCCAUUUCCUCCCUUCCUUACUUCCUUCCUCCUUCUCUCCUUUCCUUCCUUCUUUCUCCUUUCGUUCCUCCUUUCCUUCCAUUUCCUCCCUUCCUUCCUUCCUUCCUCGUUCUCUCCUUUCCUUCCUUCUUCCUUUUCUUCUUCCUUAAAUCACAUUUCAUGAAGUUUGGUUCCUGUUAUUGUUUACUUUAAUAAAACAUGACUGACUGAAUUUGGAGUUUCCUGAA